AUGAUGAGAAGUGCUUGUGGUUCAAAUGAUCAUCCGGAUUCUGUCUUAUUUAUUCAAAUGUUUCGUCUCAUCAGCACAUACUCAUUAAUUAAACCACCAAAAAAUAGUAAUGUAACUGGUGGAGAAAUGAUUGAAACAUUAAUAAAUAUUCAAGAUUUAUCAAAUGUGAAUAUAACAAAAGAUACACUAGAAGGAGAGUUAGAUUCAAUUAUAGACAAAGGCCAGUUUGAAGAACUUCCUGACGUUAUAGUAUUAAUGCAUGACCAUGAUUAUAGGUCUACCAGUACUUCAAGUCAAGUAUUAUCAUACUUAGCAGGUUAUAUAGCUAGAAAGGCAAACCGAUUCACUAAGUGUAAAAAAUGUCUCUCUAGUUUAAGAAACGAUUGUUUGUCUUCAUCUAGAGACAAACUUAUAGACAUGCGAUCAAAGGGCAACUUAAUACAUUCAUCAAAUAAUCUAUUUAAUUUAAUUUCUACUUUAGAAAAAUCGACACUAGAAGCAUUAAACAAUGAAGAACUUAAUAUGAAUACUUUACUAACUAUUACGGAAAUGAUUGAACAAGGGGAUUCAAUCCAAUUGGUCGGUUGUGUAGAUCAUAAAGAAGAAUUUUCUAAAGCCAUUGUGCGAUUUUUUUUAAUAAUGCAUAUGUGUUUUAUUGUCAAAAGAGCCAAUUAUAAAGAUACGAUGACUAGCAAAGAAAAAACAAAAAAAAAACAGGAAAGUAUCUAA